AAGACCUGAAAGUGGCACCAUGGCAGAAAGUGUGGCGAUGGAGGCAAGUCAGCAAUGGAGGCCGUAGAGUGACCCAUGACAGACUCUGGAACUUGGCAGCAUGGCAUGAGGUGGCGGUAUAGGGGCCCAUGGCAGAUAAGGGGCAGCAGCAGCUACUAGGAGGACCUAAUCUGCCAGCACCCUAUGUCAAAAAAUUCAAACAUCACCAGCAGUGUGAGAAGACCAUGACAAGACAGAGUGUGGCGAUGGAGGACAGCAGCAAUGGGAGGCCCGUAAUCUGCCAGCACCCUAUGUCAAAAAAUUCAACACACCAGCAGUGUGAGGAGACCUGAAAAAGUGGCACAU